GAGCUUUUGCCAAGAGAUCAGCACUGCCCAAAGAUGCUGAAUAAUGUCUUCUGGAGGGACCCUGUUCCGCUCGGGCUUGGAAAUCACGACAUUCAGUGCAAUUCAUCGAGGAUACUAUGGACUCUGGUAGUAUAAAGACCCAAGUGAACGAUGGCUGUAUUUGCUUUUCAGAGCAGUCAGUGGUCGAGUUACUUUACCUUUCAUAGAUCUACUUCAACUUUCAAGCAUCCAAAAUGACUAACUCAUCAACCAAAGAGUCCAAGACGGGCCUCCAGGCUCUGGUCUUCGGAGCUUCAGGCAUUACAGGCUGGGCAAUCACAAACUCAGCUCUCACCUACCCAACAUCAAGCACCUUCAGCCGAGUCGUAGGCCUCACAAGCCGGCCCCUCAGUCUUGAAACUUCAGGCUUCCCCACAGACUCAAGACUGCAGCUUUACUCUGGUCUUGAUCUGUCUCAAGAUGCCGAGACGAUUAGAAAAUAUCUGAGAAAGAUUGAGAAUGUUGAGCGGAUCACGCAUGUAUAUUUCGCAGCCUAUGUGCAUCGUGGAUGGGGAGACGAAGGCUCCGAGGAACGAAUCAAAGAGAAUGUUGAUUUCAUUGUCAAUGCCGUCACUGCAGUGGAGGCGGUCUGUCCAAACUUGCAGUUUUGGACGUUCCCUACUGGCGGGAAGUGGUACGGCUUCGAAUUCGGCAAAAAAGUAUCGCGUAUAACGCCUCUGAAAGAAAGCGCACCCCGGGUACCCGCACCAUACGGAGACCACAUCUUCUACUACCCGCAAGUCGACACCCUUACAAAGCUCUCCGAAGGCAAGAGCUGGAACUUCGCGGACAUAAGGCCGGAUGCUAUUGUGGGCUUCGUACCCAACCACAACCCAAUGAACAUCGCCGAGCCCCUCGCCCUUUACGCCUCGUUGUGGAAAUCCCUGUCCCCGUCCAAACAGAUACCCUUCCCAGGAACCAUGUAUUCAUACACCCACCUACAAUCUAACAUCUCGUCUGACCAACUCGGGCGUUUCCAUAUCUACGCUUCUUUGCACCCGGAGCUGACGGCCGGGAAGGCGUUUAAUAUCGCUGAUGUAGAUGAGGGCCUAAGUUGGGCGACGGUAUGGCCUGGGAUUGUGGCGUAUUUUGGGCUUGAGGGUAUGGGUCCCGUGGAGAAGGAUGUGGGUAGUGGGGAGUUGUGGGUUAAGGGGAAGCAGGGGGAGUGGGAGCAGUGGACGAGGGGGAAUGGGUUGAGAAUGGAGGUUUUGGAGAAGACUUGUUGGGAGUUUAUGACGGUUGUUACGGGUGAGUACUCGACUUUUGAUAGAAAUUUUGAUAUUAGCGAGGCGAGGAGGAUUGGGUUUAAGGAAAGUGUGGAUCAUGUCAAGGGGUAUCAUAUUGCGUUUGAUCGAAUGAGAGCCGCCAAGAUCAUUCCGUAAGUUGUCGAGUUAUUCAAAGGAUAGUCGUUCUUCUCAUUUAGGGAAUGAACAUCAUUAGAUCUGUACAUUAUGCAAGAAAGUGGAUGGUCUUUUUGUUACUUGGAUUUAUUACUAUCUAUCAUGUUACGAAAGGGAGAGUCUCUGUUUCUCCAAGCUGAGGAU